UUGAAUGCUCUCGAAAAACUAAAACUAUAUAUAUGCUUCCUCCCAAGCAAGAAACCAUAUCGAAGUCGAGAAAGCACUGAAAUUGAAAUUUUCCUCUGCUGCAAUCAAGUUCUUGAGUGUGGAAAAGAAGAAAAAUGGGGAGCGUGGUGAAGGGUUUGGAUCAAGAUACCUUAUCCAAGUCGAGAAAGCUUUGAAACCCCCUAGAAAAGCCUAGAAAGGUUCUGGAAUUCGAAAGUUUUCCUCUGCUGCAAGCCUGCAAUCAAGUUUGAUUGUGCAAAAGAAGAAGAAAUGGCGAGCAAGAAAGAGAUGAGCGUGGUGAAGGGUUUGGAUGUGGAGAGGUACAUGGGGAGAUGGUAUGAGAUUGCUUCAUUUCCGUCAACGUUUCAGCCCAAGAAUGGGGUAAACACCAGGGCGACGUACACGCUUAACGAAGAUGGUACAAUCCAUGUGUUGAAUGAGACCUGGAAUAACGGGAAGAGAGCCUUCAUCGAGGGAAGUGCUUACAAAGCUGAUCCCAAGAGUGAUGAGGCUAAGCUUAAGGUCAAGUUUUAUGUGCCCCCUUUCUUGCCCAUCAUCCCUGUCACAGGAGACUACUGGGUUUUGUUCAUAGACAACGAUUAUCAGUAUGCUCUGAUUGGUCAACCUAGCAGAAGCUAUCUUUGGAUUUUGUGCCGGAAUCCUCAUCUUGAUGAUGCGACCUACAACGAGCUGGUUGAGAGGGCAAAAGGUGAAGGGUAUGAUGUAAACAAGCUUCACAAGACAUCCCAAUCCGAUAAUCCGCCAGAAGUCGAGGGUGCAUCGAAUGACAAGGGAAUUUGGUGGAUAAAAUCCCUCUUUGGAAAGUAAAGAGUGUCAAUAACAGCAAUGAGAAGGGUUCAUCGUGUAUUUAACAAAAAUAAAGAGAGCUUCAUAGCUGUCUACUACAGAUAUGAGCGUCUCAGAAUUGUGCACAGUUUGGAUGGUCUUUCUGGUGUUGUUAUUAGUGUGUCUGGAUGGGGUAUCGGUUAUCUGAUGCUGAAAAGAUUAGUGUGUGUAGCGUAUACGUUUGUUUAAUCUCUUGUGUGUAAGUCAUCUUAUCUCAAGUCUUAUUCUGUCGGUUCUGGCUGUCAUAUAUACUAAUAAAAAACUUUUUUUUAUAAAUUUCUACAGUUUGUAUUGUGCAGAUUCAGAAUUUCAUUUGAAAAGAUGCCCAGCCCAGCAUUUUGGCAAUAAUCAUGUGCUUCAAUUGAAUCGUGUUUUCGGAAUCUAGUCAAAAUUUGAUCAUAAUAUUCUCA